AUGUGCGUGCCGAUAAUCAUCACGAUUUCAGCCAUAGAGUGGAAGGAGACUCGUCGAUUAUCGGUUAAUAGCGAUAAUACACGAAAUAUUAAUUGGGCUAGUGGAUGAGAAAUCAAAGAAUCGCUCUCCUCUACCCGGGCAGUCGUCACGACCAGGUGCAAUAUAUCGCCAGAAAUAUGGGAUAAGUUGUUAUAGUGCGUAUCUGUACCGCGAACGGGGAAGAUAGAGAUUCUGCAUUAGAUGUGUCGUUUUAAGACUCGCCGUUGCCCACCUAGCAUUUUAUUCGUAUUUAUUCUUCGAGUGAUUUUAUUUUUGUGUACAAUUUGUCCUCCUGUUUGAUUUUAACUUAUAUACAUAUUUUUCUGCCGAUCGAUCGUGUGGUUCCGUUAUUUCAUUUCUACAAUAUUUGUUAUUUGUUUAUUACCGAGUCUCGUGUGCGAUCUAUUCGUUUAUCAAUUUACUAUCAUAUUCGUGGUAGCGCCGUGUAAUUUCUUAUACACAGCAAGAUUGUUACGCGCGUGGACCGAAGACCUUAAUUUCAUUCAGUUAUGUACAGGAAUACAGCGAGAAUUAUCAAACUGUACGCGACGGCCUCCGUCGAGUCCGUGAAACCGAGGAGCGUCAAUGAUAAAAAUCGCGAUGAAGGUGGAGGCAAACUACGAGUAUGCGUGAUCGGAGCCGGAGCUGCUGGUCUUUGCGCGUUGCGUCACUUGGCCAAAGAUCCCGACAAUUUCGAAUUCGAAGCUUUUGAACAGUUCGAUCACCUCGGCGGCACCUGGGUUUACACCCAACAUACCGGUGUUGACGAGAAAACUUUGCUACCGAUCCACUCGAGCAUGUAUCAGAAUCUCAGAACGAAUGUACCAGGUGAAUUCAUGAAUUUUCCUGACUGGAGAAAAACGGGGGAAACAAACAGAAGCUGCAUUAGUCACGAAGAAGUUUUGGCAUAUCUCGACAAUUACGCACGUCAUUUCAGAUUGCAUCGAUACAUAACGUUCAACUCUAAAGUCGAGACCGUACGACCUAUUGACCACCCUACUAUACCCGGGCGGGAAAUUUGGAAAGUCAAAAUGAAAAACAUGCACAAUUCCGAUACAGAAGAGAAAGACUUCGAUGCCGUAAUGUGCUGCAAUGGCCAUUGUUCUGAACCGAACGUUCCCGCAAUACCUGGCAUAGAAACGUUUCCGGGUCAAGUUUUGCACAGCCACGAUUACCGUAAACCGGAACCGUUCGCGGGGAAAACUGUUGUGAUUUUGGGAGCAUCUUCUUCCGGUGGCGACAUUGGAAUUGACCUUUGUUCUUACGCUGAACACGUUUACCUCAGUCACAACACACCGAGGUUGGUUUCUGAGCUACCGGUAAACAUGACUGAAAAAUUGGGGGUUUCCGGAAUCGAGGGGAGGCGGAUUAUCUUCAAAGACGGUAGUUCGGUAACCGCGGACGUAUUUAUAUACUGCACGGGUUACAAGUACAGUUUUCCAUUCCUCCACGAAUCCUGCGGAGUAUCGGUCGACGAAAAUUACGUUUAUCCGCUGUACCGCCAUCUCAUAAACGCCGAGCACCCCACGAUGUGCUUCGUUGGAAUCCCAGCAUUGGUUGUGGCAUUUGCGAUGUUCGAUGUCCAGGUUCGCUACUUCUUGGCGACACUGAAAGGCGUUGCCACACUGCCGUCAAGAGAAACUAUGCUCGAAGAUUCAGUCAGCAAAACCGCUUUGAAAAGACACGCUCAUCGACUUACCGAAAGUCAGUGGGACUACAAUGACCUCCUGGCGAGAGAUGGAGGUUUCGAUCCUUUUCCACCGAUCUACAAAACCGGAUAUUAUGCUUGGAAAUCGCAACGCAGCCGAAAUCUUGUUAAUUAUCAAGAUGCAAAGUUCAUAGUAGCCGACGACGGGAAAAGCGUACAGAUCGUACUCAACGAUAAGAUUUUAAUCGAAUACAACAACAAUCAGGAUAACCUGUGACGGUUUAUGCGAGAAACGGAUGGUGCACUCAAUGGAGAGUAUCAAAUGUUCAUUAGAAGAUGAUAAAUUCCGUUCGAGUUGAGGAAUGAAAAUCUAUUCAAUUACUAUGCAGAAGUAUCGACACAGUUUUACUAAUAUUUCUAAAUGUUGAUGGUCUUUUACUUUUUCUAACUUCUCGAGUAUUCUAACAACGAGGUAUUUGCACACAAAAGUACAAAUCAUGCACAUAUACAUUUCUUCGGGCACUCGAUGACAGGCAACUGGACAUACUGUGGUGCAAACGCUGGAACACAUGACGUUCACAUGGUACAAUCGAAAAACAACUACGUAAUGUGUGUCGGUGACAGAUGUAGAGACGAAUACAAACAUAGUUCCGAUCGCAAAUGAGCGUAUUGUCGCUUCGUUUUCUGUAUUCUGGCAAUUCUGCCCCUCGGGCAGAAGACGAAGUGGGGCGAUGUGGAUGUUUGUUUAGUCACCAACAAAAUGUACGUACCGAUAAUCAUCACGAUUUUAGACAUUGAGUGGAAGGAGACUCGUCGAUUAUCGGUUAACAGCGAUAAUACACGAAAUACUAAUUGGGCUAGUGGAUGAGGAGUCGAAAAAUUUCUCCCUUCUCCCGGGGCCAUCGCGACGACCAAAUGUAAUACAUCGCCAGAAAUAUGAGAUAAGUUGUUACAGUGCGUAUCUGUACUACGAACGAAGAAGAUAGAAAUUCUGUAUCAGAUAUAUCGUUUUAAGACUAGCCGUUACUCACUCAACAUUUUAUUCGUAUUUAUUCGUCGAGUGAUUUUAUUUCUGUGUACAAUUUGUCCACCUGUUUAAUUUUAACUCGUAUGUUCAAUAUAUCUAUGCUAAUUCACA